AAAAAAAGACGGGCUUGACUUGAACACAGCAUUGGACCGUAGCCUGACAUUUGGGAAACCUUCGCCGCCGUGAGCCAACCCAGAAAUGAUGCAACGAAAUCCUGUCAUCUGUAUAGCCGGAUAGGACAAACGACGGGACAGAGAAAUGGGAGCUUAAACUCUAAGUGACAUCUCACCAGCAGUUCAAGUAAUUAUAGUUCUUCGAGUUUCAAAGGUGUCUGGCAAUGAUUCUAAAUGGAAGCACCAACGCUAUGGUUGCUGGGUAUGCUUUUACAAAUGUUGAGACAUGUAAAACCAGGUCUAGUAGCCCAGUUUCUGCAUGUGUUCCUUUUUUGACUGCCAAGGCUUCAUUCUUAAACAUCAGAAGUUCAUGGUUUUCAGUUGCACCUUUUGAGUCUAAAUUCUCGCCAUCUAGAGGGUUGUCAUCCUCGCACCUUUCUGCUGCAUCAACCACACUCUUAAGUGGUGAUCAAGGUGGAAUUUGGCAUGUUAUUCCCUCAUUGCCUAGACAUCGCAAAUCCUAUUUGUGCCCUCGAGCAUCAAAAGAUGUCCCAUACAGUUUUCGCUACCCUCCAAUGACCAAGAAGCCAAGAUGGUGGUGGAGGACUUUAGCAUGUCUCCCUUAUUUGAUGCCUCUUCAUGAGACAUGGAUGUAUGCUGAGACGGCAUAUCAUCUACACCCAUUUCUUGAAGACUUUGAAUUUUUGACAUACCCAUUCCUUGGAGCCAUUGGGAGUUUGCCGAGUUGGUUCCUGAUGGCGUAUUUCUUUGUUGCAUAUCUGGGAAUUGUGAGGAGAAAGGAAUGGCCACAUUUUUUCCGAUUUCAUGUUGUGAUGGGGAUGUUGCUGGAGAUUGCUCUCCAGGUGAUAGGGACAGUAAGCCGUUGGAUGCCACUUGCUGUCUACUGGGGUAAAGUAGGUAUGCAUUUUUGGACAGCCAUAGCAUUUGCUUACCUUUUCACAGUCUUGGAGUGCAUACGGUGUGCUCUUGCUGGUAUGUAUGCAGAUGUCCCUUUUGCCUGUGAUGCAGCAUACAUCCAAAUCCCUUAUGAUUAAGGAGUACAGGUACAAAAACAUGAAAUAGUAAUAGCCUUUCCAUUUUUAUGUUUUGUGUUGGAAGCUUUUUGAACAUAAAUGAACGGCUGCAUGUUCAAGACAACCAUGUGCAAGUGUAGUGAUCGUCUAAGUGCUGUUUUUGGUUUGUUGUUAGUUCGUUUGAAAUGUUGCUUAGUCGUCAUGAGUGCCUGCUGUAUGUUAACUGGACACUGUAUGCAUAUGACAUUGCAAUAACGCAAGCAAGCUUUGCAAAAGGGAAGCUCUAAUUUUGUGAUUAUGUUAUCUUCUACAGCCUAAUACAUACCCUGCACUUUGUUCAA